AUGGUAGUCCGCAGGGACAUUCAGUCCACAUUUUAUAUGACAUGCUGUGGCCUCGUUACAUCCACAUGCAGACUCAGGACUGCCAGACAGGGGAAGAAGGUGGCACCUGCCCCUUCAGUUGCUAAGAAACACGAGGCGCUAAGAGUCAACCCCUCUUUUGGUAAGAGGCCAAAGAACUUUGGCAUUGGUCAGGAUAUCCAGCCCAAGCGUGACUUGACCCGCUUUGUGAAAUGGCCUCGUUACAUCCGCCUGCAGAGGCAGCGCUCCAUCCUCUACAAGCGUCUGAAGGUUCCCCCUGCAAUCAACCAGUUCACCCAGGCUCUGGACCGUCAGAUGCCUAAGGGAAAGAAAGUGGCACCAGCCCCUUCCGUGGCCAGGAAACAUGAGGCCAAAAAAGUAGUCAACCCCCUCUUCGAGAAGAGGCCAAAAAACUUUGGCAUCGGUCAGGAUAUCCAGCCCAAGCGUGACUUGACCCGCUUUGUGAAAUGGCCUCGUUACAUCCGCCUGCAGAGGCAGUGCUCCAUCCUCUACAAGCGUCUGAAGGUUCCCCCUGCAAUCAACCAGUUCCCCCAAGCUCUGGACCGUCAGACCGCCACACAGCUGUUCAAGCUGGCCCACAAGUACAGGCCAGAGACAAAGCAGGAGAAGAAGCAGAGGCUGCUGGCCCGUGCUGAGCAGAAGGCUGCUGGAAAGGGAGACACCCCGACCAAGAGGCCCCCUGUCCUCCGUGCUGGGGUGAACACUGUCACCUCUCUGGUGGAGAGCAAGAAGGCCCAGCUCGUCAUCAUUGCCCACGAUGUGGAUCCAAUUGAGCUUGUCGUCUUCCAGCCCCUUCCGUGGCCAGGAAAAAUGAAGCCAAAAAAGUAGUCAACCCCCUGUUCGAAAAGAGACCAAAACUUUGGCAUCGGUCAGGAUAUCCAGCCCAAGCGUGACUUGACCCGCUUUGUGAAAUGGCCUCGUUACAUCCGCCUGCAGAGGCAGCGCUCCAUCCUCUACAAGCGUCUGAAGGUUCCCCCUGCAAUCAACCAGUUCACCCAGGCUCUGGACCAGCAGACCGGUGAUGACACUGCCACCUCUGUGGAGAGCAUGAAGGCCCAGCUCGUCAUCAUUGGUCACGAUGUGGAUCCAAGUGAG